AUGGCGUCCGAGGUUUUACCCCCACCAGCCGACGACAUCUCGUUGCUUUACCUCUUCGGCGGAGACAAGCCAUGGCACGUCCACGACUGGACUGCUUCCGACGAUAGGGUUCGGGGCGGCAAGAGCCAGAGCUAUCUGGAUCUCCCGGCGCCAGACCUUGCCUCGUUCCACGGCCACCUGGACAUUACGGCCUUGGGCGGCGCCGGCUUUGCCUCGCGGCGGUCUGUCGACCCCCGGUCCUGGGACCUGUCCCGUUGCCAGGGGCUGCGGAUCCGGGUUGCCGAGAACGACGGCAAGAGGUACACUCUCGUCCUCAAGGAUGAGGUCCCUCCCAGACGCCCGGAUGGCAGAGAGCAGAGCACUGUCAGCUGGGAGUAUGACUUCAUCCUCCCCGACGCCGAGGCCUGUGUCGACAUCCUGUGGGGCGACUUCAAACCCACGUACCGGGGUAGACAGGAACGCGAUGCUAAGCCCUUGCGCCUGGAAAACAUCCGGAGAAUAAGCCUUAUGAUGCGAAGCUUCUUCGGACAACAACAUGGGCCCUUUCGGCUUGGCCUCCAGUAUAUUGCGGCGGUCAAGUCCGAUAACAAUUCUGACCCCCGCUAA